GACAUUGACUUUUGUUUUUAUUAUUCCAACAAUAUGAUAAUUUGAAUACAGAGGACAAGGUCAAAACACUUCAUAAUCUAAUUGAAUUCGUAAUACAUAGAGAUCUAAAAGAGAUGCGUUAUCACUUGUAUGAUGGCAAGCAAGUAAAGUGAUACUUAGUCUUUAAUUAUAUUAUUAUCUAAGAUCCCCCAUGAUGAAAACUGUGAAAAUAGAUUUAAAAGUGUGUGGUGUGUGUGGUGACAAAGCCCUAGGGUACAAUUUUAAUGCUAUAACAUGUGAAAGCUGUAAGGCAUUUUUUAGAAGAAAUGCUGUUAUUCAGAAACCCCUUAAAUGCCCAUUCAAUAAUCAAUGUGAUAUAACAACGUUAACAAGACGAUUUUGUCAAAAAUGUAGACUGGAUAAAUGUUUUUCUAUUGGAAUGUGUAAAGAUUUGAUAAUGUCGGAACAAGAUAAAGUCGCGAAAAGACAAAAAAUUGAAGAAAACAGAGUCAAACGACAGAAUAUGGGUAAUAUAAAAACAAAUUUCAAGAAGAUCAAAAGGGAAUAUGUAGAAUCAGAUUCUCUGCAAGAAAGUCAAUCAAAUACUGAUUCAGAUUCAAAUUAUACUAAUGCAGAUCAAGCAUCGCCUCGGCAACCAAGUCCUCAACUUACGUCACCUCCAAAUAUAUAUGAUUAUACAAAUAUAUCGUUAGAUUCUACAGAAAGCAGCAUUUCAUCUCCUACUGAUAGAUAUAUAUCUUCCAAUGAUGAUAGAUCUGCUGGAAGGAAGGGUGACCAUGAAUCUUCUUAUUUUAAUAAAAAUAUUGAAAAUGAUUCCCAUUGUGGUUCAAAUUUAAAUAUAAACAGUAAAAAUAAUAACACAUCAAGAUAUUCUAGCUGCAAUAAUGAUGUAAAUAGAAGCUCAAAUAGUGAUAAUACUGAAAAUUGUGAUCUUAUGCCAUCAGUAGACAUUUUUCAAGUAAUGAAUGAUGUUCAAAGUGUCCGGUCAGAAGAUAGUAGUCCUAUAGAAUCUAUCCUUUGUGAAGCAAUAAAAUUAGAGUUUCAAGCUUUUUCAUCAAUAUCACAUAAUCCCUCCAAUUCGCGCGAGUUGAACGAUGCGGAACGAGCCAAAUUGAACGAACUUAUAGUUGCUAAUAAAGCCUUUUUGAUACCCAUAGAUGAAGAAUUUGAAAAUCUGGUUGGCAGGACAAACUUUGAGAACUCCCAACAAAAGAUGGACGCAACUGUUUUAGUUGAUGUUAUAAAUUUAACAACGAUAUACGUAAGGAGAUUAAUAAAAAUGGUGAAAAAGAUAGGUGCCUUCAGAAAUAUGUGCCAAGAGGAUCAGGUGGCUUUAUUGAAAGGGGGUUGUACUGAAGUUAUGAUGCUGCGAAGUGCCAUGAAUUAUGAUACUAAGAUACAAAGUUGGCAGAUACCACAUUCCACCGAAAACUUCAGAGUUAAUUCCAAAAUUUUGAAAUUAAUUAACAAAGGAACUGCUUACAACGAACAUGAAAAAUUCAUCAAAACCUUUGGACCUCUAUGGAAAGGUGAUGAAAAUAUAAUUUUAAUAUUGUGUAUGAUCCUGGUAUUUUCACCUGACAGGCCUAAAGUGGUACACCAAGACGUCAUAAGGCUAGAACAGAAUGCAUACUUUUACCUUUUGCGGAGAUACCUGGAAAGUAUCCAUUCCGGGUGUGAAGCUAAAUCGCUUUUCUUGAAACUGAUGCAGAAGCUAACAGAAGUUCGAAGGGUAAAUGAGGAACUAAUUAGCGUUUAUUUAAAUAUUAAUCCCUCAGAAGUGGAACCACUACUAAUUGAAAUAUUUGAUUUACAUCGCUAGCUACGGUUUAUUAAAUUUAAAUUAGUAAAAUUUUAGUUCAUAAGGCUCGGAUAAAAGAAACAUUCUACAAGGAGUCGUUAGACUAAAAUAAUCGAAAGAAAAAUAUCAACAUCGUUAUAUUUUUUUAAUAUAAUUUAAGCAAAAUAAUAUUUAGUAUAUUUUUGUGUUUUAUAUACUUUAGAUUAUAAACCGGAUUCGUUAUAUGGGACUCGCAGAAUGCUUAAUAUUUAUAUAAGAUAAAUUAUAAAUAGAAUUGUGAUCAAAAAAUUCAUAAAACGUACAAUUUUCAUUUUUGUGAAAAAAAAUCAAAAUCACAACUAAGUAUGUCUGGUCCAAAACCAAUAUUCUUUGUUUUUUGUAUAUUUACCUUUAACCCACAGACCUAAUUGUUUACAUUUCUAGAGUGAGCCUUCCACUUUCUUUGCUAUAACAACUGUUAGCCACAGUGUAGCGCAAAAUCCAAUCUCUUGCUUUCCAAGCAAACAUACGGUUGCAAUUGCUUUACUUAGAUUGGAAUCUAUGCGGGUUGAGCCAAAUGACUUUAAUUUUAACCAGGCCAGUAAAUACGAUUCAGAACUCGAAUGACGUUGUACUGCGGAGUGUAAAUUAUUCAAAUCUAAAUAUCCUCUUUCAACGAAUUCCAGACUGAUAUUUAUCCGAACACAAAAUGCACGGUCAACAGAAUAACUGAAAGUGCAAACUUCCGCACUAAUCCAAGGAUCUUCUUCAUCAUACGUUAGGACUUAGUCCUGUAUUUGAAUCAAUGGUUGCCUAUCUGCAGCUGGGAUGAUAAAGACCAGCUUUCAUACUAUCUUGUAGGUGGUCGGUAUGUAUUCGGUUUUUCUUUGCAAUCUGCCAACCUGUCGUCUGACAUUCUGUCCACGUGGUCUCUCCAUUCCCUUCGCCGAUUUCUCGCCCAUCUGACUACAUCCUGGAUGUUAAUUAUCUCCCUUAUUUCAUAAUUUCUCUUGUGGUCAUAUAAUGGUGUUCCGCUAUUCAGUAGCUCUUAAAAGCCGCUUAUUUAUGAUUCUCUGCUAAGAUCUCUAGAACGUAUGUCAUUACUGGUCUCACACAGGUAUAUACUGACUUUGUUCCUUGUAGUCAUAUAUUUAUUCCGCCAAAUUACAUCUCUCAGGGUACUCUGAUAUUAAUGUUCGCUCCUAGAUAUUUGAAUGACAUAACUUGUUCUACAUUCUGAUCUUAUAUUCCGAGUUUACAAAACGAACGUUAUACGUUUAAUGAAUUUUGUGCAUUACCAUAUCAUAACUCCGUAUUAUGUAAUGUAUUUUUUUAUUAUUACCAUUCCAUUUAAAAUAAAUUAUAUGCAAUAAUAUCCUCGCAAACGUAAACAAUUUAAAUGUAAAAAAUAAUUAUUUUUAUUUUGUACAUAUUUAUUAACAGUGGAUUGUAUAAAACGUAAAAAGGAAAGAAAAGCUCAAAAAGUUGAAACGAAUUUAUAAGAUUUAUUUGAAUGCGUAAGUUGUUUCGUCCUUCGAUUAUAAUAAAGUAUAUAUCAGAGGUGGGGAACCUGCGGCCUUUAUAAAAUAUAACUCUAAUGUUAAUUAUCAUAUAAUUAUAUAUUACAAUUUAAAAUAUAAUAGAAUUACAUAAAACCGGUAUGUAUGUGAGUUUCUGUUGUCUACUUGUAGUAAUAGCCAAUUGCAUGUUUAGAAAAAGUUAGAACUGCCCCAGUACAAAAUGGUAAUACUGUCGCCGUCUUUUGCACCAAAAUAGGUGCAAACCUCUUGGGGUAAUGAGCAAGGCCACUUGUUCUUGCCCCAAUUCUCUAAAGAGUCAUCUGGUGUCGGAGGUCUUCCAAGGACGAUGUCUAACUUUUAACGAGCUCAAUUCGAGAAGGUUCUUGUUCGAGGAAGUGAACCAGUCUGCCGUAGGAUCGAUUCGGUCACGUAUUUAUGCUAUUCCGCCUCUCUGGCUUCCUGACCGAACCGACCCAUGGCAAGACAAUACGCAUCACCAAAUCCUUUUUUAACACUAAAAUUAGAAAUCUGGAAAUAACUGUUGAAUAUCCAUGUCUACGAGAACAUGCCCGCCAUUUACUUUCUUGCUUUGGAAGUACUUACUGUUGCUAGACAACAUUUUCUCUCGCGAAAAAAAUUAAAACAAGUUUAACACGUUACUGCCAAGGCAAUUUUCACAAUUCCAUUUAACCGUAUUAGAUCAUUAAAAUAUUAAUUUAAAUACAAAGUUCUCUCUAAAAGGUAUGAAAAAUGUAUGUUUAAAAAAAUUUAUUUCUUAGUUGAAUUAUGUAGAAAAAUCUCUUCGGAGGGUAAAUUAUAAGCUAUUUCGUAGUCGGCAGUCAACGUGUUAAGAUGUAUGUACAUUUAGAGUAUCAAUGAAAGCUGCGUGUUGCAAAGCUUGAUCGAAAUAUACAAUUACUUUCAAAUAAAAAAUAAAAAACAAAGUUAAUUAAGUCACUAACUUACAAGAUUAAAAAAAUAUUUUAUAUUGUAAUUUUGCGAUUUUUAUAUUAUUGUAUUUUAUUUAUUCUAUAUAAUACAAUAAAUUGAUAAACAUAUACAAAACUAUAAUAACUUUACAAAAAUCACUUUCGCAUGCAAAUCAGUUUAUGCGGCUUCUCUUAUUACUGCUUAAUUUGAAUGCUUUAAUGGUGAAAAGGUUUCCCACUUAUGGUAAAGUCGUAAAGUAUGGAAUAAAUUCAAUCAUUUCUAAUCCAAGAGAUAUUUUCAAAAACCCUCGGACACGUCAAUUUUAUUUUUCGACGAGGAUUUUUUUGAAGAAAAAAUUAAUAUACAGGGUGUUCUCAAAAAAGCUGGGCAGGUAGCAACUUUGUUUUUUUAAAUAGACACCCCCAAUUUUUUUUACAUUUUCGGAUUUCUUGUAAAAUUCUAAGCAUUUUUCAUGUAACACUCCCUAUACCUAACUUUAACUUUUUUACUAUUAAAUUAUAAGUAGGCUAUGACUUUUUGACACAAAACAGCACUUUAUUUCAUUUUGCUUUUAAUUCGAUAUUGCCUAAAGUGUUUUUCGAUUUCUAAAUAUCUAUCAAAGUAUCUUUUUGCAUGGUCGCAAUAGUUUUUUCUUUUUGAAAAAACAUUUUUAUAAUUAAUUUUAUUAUCAAGAUGCGGCUUACUGAGACGCAAAGGAUAGAAGUUUUAAUCAUGAUUGGCUAUGGGAAUAGAACCAGAACGCAACAGGAAGUAUGCGAGUUAUUUAACCAAAAAUAUCCCGAUCGGACUCCAAUUUCGCAAUCAACAGUAAGUAAGAUUGAAAAAAAAUUUCGAGAAAUUGGUCAUAUAAGAGAUGCUCCAAAGUCUGGUAGACCAUCUAUCUCAGAAGAAACACAAUUGGAUGUUUUAUUAAGUGUCCAAGAACGGCCGCAUGUUACAACUAGAGAAUUGGCCUCAGAAUUAAAUGUUAGUAAAACAGCAGUGAUCAAAACAUUACAUAAAAGCAAAUACCACCCUUACAAAAUGCAAGUCCUUCAAGAACUUUAUGAAGACGAUUAUAACAGACGUCUCGAGUUCUGCGAACGUUUACAAGCUAUGUGCCUUGAGAAUGAAAACUUUGUGAAAAAUAUUGUGUUUUCGGACGAGGCUACGUUUAAUUUAAAUGGAGAAGUAAACACGCAAAACUACCGUUAUUGGUCGGACGUAAAUCCGCAUUGGAUGCGCGAAGGCCAUACUCAGUAUAGGGAAAAAAUUAACGUAUGGGCGGGUAUUGUAGGAAACAGUAUUGUAGGGCCCUUUUACAUUGAAGAAAGUUUAACUGGUGAAAGGUAUUUGCAGCUUUUACAUAACGAUGUUCUACCAGCCCUAGCAACGUUAUAUCCGGGAUGGCGCCCCGCCAAAUUACCAUGCACAAGUUCGCGCAUAUUUAGAUCAAAUUUUGCCGAAUAGGUGGAUUGGAAGAAGGGGGGCGAUCGAAUGGGCUCCAGGGUCCCCGGACUUAACCCCUUUAGACUUUUUUCUGUGGGGUUACAUAAAAGGAAAAGUUUUUAAAACAAAACCUGCAGAUAUGGAAGAAUUAAAAAAUCGUAUUACUCAAGAAAUGCGACGUAUCACACCACAAGUCAUUAAUAGUGUCCAGAAUGAAUUUAUUAAUCGGUUAGGUUAUUGCCAGUUAACAAAUGGAAGACAUUUUCAACAUUUGUUAAAAUCAAAUUAUGUAAACUAGGUAUUAGAGUUAAAAUGUCGUGUAAAAAUCGUAAUUUUUAAAAAAUGUUACCUGAAAACCAGUGGAUUCUAUUAAUUUCGUAUAAAUUUUUCUCUUGUUUGCAGCUGCUCAUGGCCUACUUUGACUUAAAUGUAAUAUCGAGGCGAUUUUUUUUAACACGCUCUAAUUUCAAAACGGUUAAAGUUAGGUAUAGGGAGUGUUACAUGAAAAAUGCUUAGAAUUUUACAAGAAAUCCGAAAAUGUAAAAAAAAUUGGGGGUGUCUAUUUAAAAAAACAAAGUUGCUACCUGCCCAGCUUUUUUGAGAACACCCUGUAUAUUAAUUUUUUCUUCAAAAAAAUCCUCGUCGAAAAAUAAAAUUGACGUGUCCGAGGGUUUUUGAAAAUAUCUCUUGGAUUAGAAAUUAUUGAAUUUAUUCCAUACUUUACGACCGCACUGUACUAUAAAAAUACAUGUAUUAUAAAUCAAAUUUUAUCAAAUCAACUUUUUCUACAAAACAAAAUUGAAAGAAAUUGUUUUUUUGUAUGGUAGAUUUAGGAUUCAGUUUAUCAAUUUGAUUGACAAAUAUUAUUGUUUUUCCAUUAUUUAGUUUAUUUCAAAAAUAAAAUUGUUUUUAAAAUA